CAUGCGCCCAGAGGAAAGCGGAAGUGAGCAUCAUGUCGAUAGAGGACCCGUUCUUCGUGGUGAAGGGGGAGGUGCAGAAGGCUCUGUCUCGUGCCCGGGCUCUGUUUGACAGAUGGCAGGAGCUGCUGCAGGAGGGGACCCAGGUGAGUCGUGACGAGCUGGACUGGAGCGCUAAUGAACUGAGGAACUGUCUGAGGGCCAUCGACUGGGACCUGGAGGACCUCAGCGAAACCAUCAGUAUCGUGGAGUCGAACCCGGGGAAGUUCAGACUCGGUGAGAAUGAACUUCAGGAGAGGAGAGACUUUGUGGAGCGAACCAGGAAAUCCGUCCAGGAGAUGAAGGAUCAGUUGUCCAGCCCUUCUGCUGUGGCUCAGGCAGAGAAGAAGAACAGAGAGGCUCUGCUGACCUCAUCGGGCCAGGACAGGUCAACGGGUCUGGAGGCCCAUCUGGUGUCUGCAAACUCCAGAUACAUCCAGGAUCAACAAGAACAACAACAGCUGAUCGUGCAGGAGCAGGAUGAGCAGCUGAGCUUGGUCUCCGGCAGCAUCAGAGUCCUCAAAGACAUGUCGGGACGCAUCGGGGACGAGCUCGACGAGCAGGCUGUGAUGUUGGGGGACUUUGGGGACGAGAUGGACCAGACGUCGUCCCGCAUGGACUCGGUCCUCAAGAAGCUGGAGAAGGUGUCUCACAUGACCAGCAGUCGGAGACAGUGGUGUGCCAUCGGCGUUCUGGUCACCAUCAUGAUCGUGGUCCUCAUCCUCUUCUUCGCCCUGUGAUGACGGCGACCUCCGACCCCUCGACUACGUUUCACCGACGCCUCUCCCCCCCGUUAGGACGGACGGACAGAUGGAUGGGACAGAAACGGGAAGAUGGACAUGUCUCCUCCUCCUCCUUUUCCUCCUUCUCCUCCUCCUCCCGUCCCUUCCUUUCCUCCUUCACUGAGGAGAAACUGGUGACCUGCAGAGAGAAGUUUGGAUACAACCCUCCUUCUCUCUGCUUUUAAUGAUUCUAGUGGAAAAAAAACCAAACAAAGGAGUUUAACAUUUGGGGGAAACCCUGGUGUUAUUACAUAUUUCACAUUGGUGCAUUUCGGUUAUUGUUGGAGAUGACGGUACUCAAUGGGAGGGUCAGGACAGGAGGGCUGCUCCUGUCAGGUUUAAAACACAAAUCUGCAAAAUGUAAAGCAAAUCAAGAUACUUUACUAUUAAUAAGUACAUUUGUAUUUUUAAAAGUACUCCAAACGGCUUAGUAAACGGCAGAAACAUCUGUUAAGUUGAGAAAUCAGUGAUCACCUAUGACAUCGGGCAGGUACAUUAGGAAACAACAGCAUUUGAUCGCUGCAAAACAACAAAACAGUUUUCAUCCUCAUUCAUAUCUUUGAAGAACCAAAAAAUUGUAUCUACUUUAUAAGUAAGUAGUUCUAAAAAGUUGUUUUUGCUUUAAAAUGUUACAGACGGAGAGAAAUGAAAACACCUUGAACAACUAUUUUAGGGGCUAUAAAGUAAAUAAAUAUGGAUGUAUUAACUUUUAACCCUAGAAAGAUGCUGUUAUUUGUGUUUUUUAGGGCAGACAGGAGCGGUGUGCUUUCUUUCAGUGUUGCCUUAAAUAUAUUUUUAUAUCGUGGAAAUGUGCAGUAUGUUUAUGUGCCUACAUGUCGAUCAGGGUGGAGAAAAGUCCCACCAAGUUCUAAUCGUCGGUUGAAUCCGGAGAGAAUCCUUUUGUUGGUAAAAAAAGUUUGUUUUUAUGACAGCAGCUGAUUUCACAAAAACAAAAUGAUUUUCUUCUGAAAUCAUCUUCUGAGGCGUUUGUGUUCCAAACUAAACCCCCGUAGACUCACAGCAGACGUCCAGCUGCCCAUGCCUGAUAACAGAGGAUGCUUUUUGCUCCACCAGACACUUCUCACAUCUUCCCACGGUUCAAACGGUUUCACUUCCUGAUUUGAUAUCCGUCUGGUGGAAGGUGAAGUCAGGUCUCCGAUUGGUCGAGGCUUUGUUACUCUCUCACUGGGCGAUGAUGAGAGACAACCUUGUCUCUGAGCGAAUGGGUUUCUCCCGUUUUGUAUCCCAAAAAAAAAAGAGAAACGCUUUAGCUAAUGAGAGGAGGGACGGUUGCCGGGCAGGAUGUGUCCGCACAAGGCCCAGAUUCAGGCCGACGGCUCCCUCUGCUGGAGGCCGUGGGUCAUGAUGUUCUCUUUGUGUCAUGUCAGGUAACACAACCCACGCAAAAAGAGGGGGGGUGUUGCAUUGCUGUAUAAAUGUAAACUAAAAUGUGUAAAUGGACAUAAUUCAUGUAAAAAGCCUUUUGCAGAAUCAAUUUUAUUUGUGAUGCAGCUUUCUUUUACUCAUGUUUUAUUUUUUGCUUUUGUCACCCAAAUGAUGACGUUACAUAACAUUUUUUAACCAAUGGAGUCAGAGGUCAGAUGUCCCAGGAUUCAAUGCGGGUGGGUCUUUUUAAAUCUAAGUUUUUUUGUGCUUUUUUUUAAUGUGUUUUUACAUUUUCAAGCACUCGCUCCUUAAACGCCUCCGUGGGGACAAUCAGCUGAAUACGUGGAAGAAAUGGCUGCGAGCAUAAAUGAAACACUCCUGAGGUUUUCUAGAGGUCUGUGCAGGGAAAGGCUUCUGCUAACAUUUAUAAUAUACAGCUUGUUUGUUUUUUUUCCAUAAUGUUAAAACUGUUUGGUGCUUUUUCUGUUUUGAUUUGACGACACAUCUGGUCCUCAAACACCAGAUUUGAGGAUUUCUGCUCUUUGUUUUAUCCAAAAAUGAAACUGCACACACACAUUUGUGAAUUGUGUUUCAUCAAGACAGUGAUCACACAAUACAUCUAGCGAUGUUGCACAAGCCACACUUUUAUUAAACACAUUUUGAACUCCUUUCAGGCCGGUUUAACCGCCCACAAACAAAGCAGAACAAUCUCAGGCUUAUGUUUUUAAAAGUUUUUUUGUUCACAUAUUUAAAGCACACAUACUAUAAAUAUUCUUAAACAGAUUUUGAAUAAUAAUAUAAACACUUCUAGGUACAUUUUACGACUCAUGCUCACCUGUUAUAAACUUGACUGAAGCUUUAAAAUCAUGUUAAAGUCAUCUGUUGACUUAUUGUUGAAUUUAAUAAUUUCAUUUAACAUUUUGCAAACCUUGCAUGUAUUACAUUAACCUAAACAUCUCCUUUAUUUAAAGUGCCAAAAAUCAGAAUGUUAAAUACAACCACAAAGAGUAGCUUUGUAUUUAUUUAAUUUAAAAAAUAAUUGGGAUGACUUGUUUUAUUGUGAAAGUCUCCUGUAGGACGAGAAUCCGAAAGUGCAAUUUUUUUUAAACAAUACUGGCUGCCAUCGUGCCCUUGAGCCCCAAACAUCACGUGUGUCUUCAGUUUUACAGAAAAAACUUAUCCGCUAAAUAUUACUUUUUCAUUCAUUGCUCUGCUAAAUACAAGUUUUUUUUAAGCAUUUAAUCUCACAAACACUACAUGAAGAAUAAAUGUUCCUUCGCUUCUGCUGCUUUGACAUCUGAAUAGAACAUGAUUGUAAUCUGGAGUUUAACGUUUCAUUAAACUUGUUCAACU